AUAACUAGAGAUGGUUUGAUCAAAACUGGAAGCGAAAGGUUUCUCCGACAAACAAACACAGAGCGUGAUGCGAUGGAACAAGAAGAAGGUCAUCAACCUCGUCUCCAACUCCACCAACCUCCCUUCCCCUCUAAUCCCGCCGCCACCUGAGAUCUACAGACUACCCAACCCUCCACCAAAACCUCCCAACAACAACACUCUCACUCUCUCUCCAUCUCCACAUCACUCCCGCUUCCUCACCUUCCUCGAAACCAACCUCCCCCACCACCAAACCCUAACCCCCCAAUCCCUAACCCGAUUCCUCCGCUCCACCCUCCGCCACCACCCUCUCUUCGCCCACCACGACUUCGCCGUCUUCAACUGGGCCUCCACCCUCGACGCCUUCCGCCACGACCACCACUCCUUCCUCUGGAUGUCGUCCUCCCUCUCCUCCACGCACCGUUUCUCCGAUCUCCGCCGUCUCCUCUCCUUCGUCGCCGCCAACCCCUGCCCAUGCUCCGAUGGGAUCUUCUCUUGCCCGAAGCUCGAGCCUCUCUUCCGCUCCGCCCUCGAUUCCUUCUGCAGAGCCGGGAAGAUGGAUCACGCUCUGUCAGGGUUCGAGACCAUGAAGAGGCUAAUCGACGGGAAGCCUAACGUUGGAGUUUACAACACCGUGUUGAAUGGGUAUGUGAAGAAGGGUCGUGGUGAUAUGGAGAAAGCUUUAGCGUUUUAUAAGAGGAUGGGGAAGGAGAGAGUGAAGCUUGAUGUGUUUACGUUCAACAUACUUAUUAACGGUUAUUGUAAGAGCGGUGAGUUUGAGAUGGCGUUGGGUGUGUUUAGGGAGAUGAAGGAGAGAGGUUGUGAGCCUAAUGUGGUUAGUUUUAAUACUAUUAUAAGAGGUUUUUUCGGGAAAGGGAAGGUUGAGGAAGGUGUUAGAAUGGCUUACGAGAUGAUUGAGCUAGGUUGUGGACUCUCUCAAGCUACUUGCGAGAUUCUUGUUGAUGGGUUGUGUAGAGAAGGUUUGGUUGAUGAUGCUUCGGCGUUGGUGAUGGAUCUGACUGCGAAGAGGGUUUUACCUAAAGGGUUUGAUUACGGUGGUUUGGUUGAGAGGCUUUGUAGAGAGAAGAAGGUGGAUAGAGCGGUGGAGAUUGUGGAGGAGGUGUGGAAGAGUGAUGAUGGUGGGACGACUCCGUGUUUGAUUGCUUGUACUACGCUCGUGGAAGGGUUGAGGAGAUCAGGGAGAGCGGAGAAAGCGGCGGAGUUUGUGGAGAAGAUGAUGAUGAUGAAUGUAGGCGUGGUUCCUGAUAGUGUGACGUUUAACUUGCUUAUUCGGGAUCUAUGUGAUUCUGGUCGUUCGAUGGAUGCAAACAGGUUGAGAGUGUUGGCGACGAGCAAAGGGUUUGAGGCCGAUGAGACGACGUACCGUGUUUUGGUUUCGGGGUUCUCGAAAGAAGGGAGAAGGAAGGAAGGAGAGGUUUUGGUGAACGAGAUGUUGGAUAAAGACAUGUUGCCUGAUAUCUUUACGUAUAAUAGAUUGAUGGAUGGUUUGUCCACCGCUGGAAAAUUUUCAUAGGGGACAACGACCUAUAUUUCCCCUCAUAACUACUAUAUAUAGUAUUAUAUCUCUAGUUCUACCAAACUAUAACCUAGUGCUAAAUUUCUCUAAAUCUAAAGUUAUAAAUUUAUUUGUCCACAAAUUGAAAAUUGUAAACUUAUUUAUCCAUGAAUCUAAAAGUCGUAAGCUUUCUUUGUUAGAUCAAUCCCAUAUUCAGAUAAUCUCGUCAAUGAUCUUCUCUGCUCCUUGAGACCUGUUUCUCUUCUUCAUUCUUCGUCGGCGGCAAUGAGCUUCAGUAGCUGCUCCGGCUACAUGUGAGCAUCACCCUCCGUGUAUUUCUCAAAAACUUCUCUGACGUUAUCGACCGAACCAGACUGUUCCUCUGAACUUCCUUUUGUAGACCAGACUCUGUUUAAUAAAGAAGCUUCAAAUUAUAUUGUAUCUUGUGCAGAGCACAUACAUAUAUAUACAGAGAGUUACAUGAACUAUUUAGAGAAACCAUAGAGUGAUUUAAUGGAUUGCAAUCGUACUUGACUUUGAUAUAGAUUCGCUUCACAUAUUUGAGUGUGUUCUUUAUAAGUUGUGAUUUUUUUUUU